AUGUUCGCUUUGGAAUUUCUGGUAAAAAUUUUAUCACUCGCUCAUCGUUUCUCAUCAAGCUUUUCAAAACGACGGCUUUUGUCGAAUUUGACGGCGAUGAAUGACGAGAAUUGUGGUUUCACUCUUUAUGCACAGAACUUGCGUCAAAAGAUUGGCGGUCGUCAUCCAUUUGGAGCCACAGCUUACGAGGCAGCGAUUCCCGGAUGGAAAAAGUUGAGGGCCGAGGAUAAACAGUUAUGGACGAAUCGUGCACGUGGUCUUCAACGUUCUGAACAUCAUCAGCCUCACAAGCGCUACAAUAUGAUGGAACCAUGUACUGGAACGACUCCGCAAAAUGUUUUCCGCGGUUCGAUUGAGAAUUAUCCAAGUGCCACGAGUCCUUUCUUCUAUCGAUCUCCAAACAAAAAUCAGACCCCGGCUAACGAUGGCUACUUCUCCAACGGAUCGCCUCAUAUGCGCUUUUAUAACGGAAAAGAUUAUCGGAAUACCACACCCGUUAAUCGCUACCACGUUUUCGAGAACAAGCGAAACACAAAGAAGCUGCAACCGAUGACGAAAAGCAACUAUAUGGAAAUUGAUGAAGAGGAUGAAUGGGGAGUUGGAGCACCUGAAGUGAGCACUGAAUUGGAUGAGAAGGCGUUUGAAUCGGUCCUUAAUGAGAAGUAUAACCGGGACAUGGAACGAAUCAUCAAGUUGGUGAAGAAAAAGACAAAUGGAUGUCCUGAUAAGAUCAAGAAAAUUCGCUGGAUCCUCUGUUCGAUGCAAACUUUUGGCUACGUUGAUGGAAUCUGCAUUCCUGCUGAAAUGGGUCUUUGCGAGUUUGAUCUCACCGAGGGAAUUCUUGACAAGUUUUCGUCGAUCAUUGGCCCAUGGGAAGUGAGUAACGAUGUGCAGCGUAGCCGCUCAACUUUUCACUCAAAUGAGACUCACGGGAUUCCUUUGGAAGGGCGUGGAACUGUUGACAAGACGGCUGCCAUCCUCGAAGUGUUAGGACGUACCGAACCAAAGCUAGCCGCCAAGCAAGGAGUACGAAUCGGAUUGUAUCAUCACGAAAUAGACGACGAAUCUCGUGGAUACUAUCACGUUGAGCAUCGGGAAAAGCGUCGUUUUGUUGUAUGCCUUCGUCAAGAGUUUCACUACAUUCAGGCCUCGUUUAAACAUCUCAAGAAUGAAGUCGGCUUGCACUAUGAUGGUGUUCCAAUGGUGAGCGAUGAUUUUGUGUUGGCCGAUGCUUUGGUUGAUGCGCUCGCGGUUCUGCUCAAAGGAAAUCCACUCAAGGAGUACUCGGGAUGGUUGCUUGGAUUGGGAAUGCCGUUGCCUCGUGAACUCAUAACACCAUGGGAGCGCAACAACGGAGAGCUUUUCUGUGCACGUCAUCGACCCGGCCGUAACAGUUGCUGUGCAGCGGUGACCGUCUCGCGUGCCACCUACAUCAUCCUCUACGCUCUCGACAGCAUGCUGAAG